UACCUCAAUCGUAAAAUGUGUCUUGUAAGUUUAAAGGUCUAUAAAACGUGCAAUUUACAGCAUCAAACACACCUUGGUUUUGUUUCUUUAUAUGGUGUGCGUCUGCAAAACUCCUGCUGCGACGUCGACUCGCACGUCUUUGCGUCAUCACGCAGCGGGGCGAAGGCUUUCUCAUUCUGCUCUGUAAUCGAGCUCUUACAUUCUUUUGGUUUCCGUCGCUUCGGACACACCUCGGUCAACGCUGCAAUGUCUGACUUCUCGGAAGAUCAAAUCAUCGAGUUUAAGGAGGCGUUCCUGUUGUUCGACAGGACAGGAGAUGGGAAGAUCAGCUACAGCCAGUGUGGGGAUGUCAUGCGGGCCUUGGGUCAGAACCCUGUCAAUGCUGAAGUGCUCAAAGUCCUGGGCAACCCCAAAGCCGAGGAGAUGAACACCAAGAUGCUCGAUUUUGAGCAGUUCCUUCCCAUGUUCCAGGCCAUCGCAAAGAACAAAGAUCAGGGCUCCAUGGAGGAUUUUGUAGAGGGACUUCGAGUUUUUGACAAAGAGGGCAACGGCACAGUAAUGGGGGCAGAACUACGUCACGUCCUCACCACGCUAGGUGAGAAAAUGACAGAGGAGGAGGUUGAGACGCUGUUGGCUGGACAUGAAGAUGCAAAUGGCUGCAUCAAUUAUGAAGCCUUUGUUCGUCACAUCAUGUCAGGCUGAGGGCCGAGCUGGUCAGAAUGGUCAUGAGUGGAUGAAGACAAAGACCAUCAAACUUUUCCUUUAUCAUGUCCAUAUUUUUGCAUUUAGCUUCUCCAGACUUCCACAAUGUUUCCCAUACAUUUGUUAUACGGUUUUAAUUUAAGAAGUGCCUUUUACAUUCCUUAGAAAAGAAACACCAUCAGUUUCAUUACUAUGUAUGACCAACUUACAUCACUGAGAUAUCUUUGUGCUUGCACUGUUUGCAAUAUCAUUUCAGAAAGCAACAUUUAAAACAAAAUAAUGCUGUAACUGAUACAAGUGUGUCUGCAUUAGAUGGAAUAAAUAAAUAUACGUACAAUAAUA